AUGCGCGAACAUCUGGCAAGUACCCUGCAACCUACUGCAUCUGCGGCGUCUGAAGCUAAGCCAAACUCUUCUCAUACUGGUCAUAGCAUAAACGAUUGGGAUGAGCUAACUAGCCUCAUGCUUACUACAGCCGAGGGCUUGAGCCUACCUGUCGAGAGAGUGAUAGAAGACCUUUUACUCCCCAUACUCAGUUGUUCUCGAACAAAUGAGGAGUUAGAAAAUGAAGUAGGUCGAUCGAAUUUUCGAGAUCACUACCUGCCAUCCAACACGCCUUCAAAACGAAUGCCUUACUAUUGGACUUAA